AUGGCCGAGAGCUUUCUGACUCCUGUUAUCGAGAGCUUGGUUAAGCUGCUAACUAACGAAGUAAACUUGUUAAAGGGAGUCCAUAAAGAAGUCGAAAGCCUGAAAAGAGAGCUAGAGAUCAUCCAAUCUUUUCUCAAAGAUGCAAAGACAAGAAUAGAUAGAGGAGAUGAGUUGAGUGAAGCUGUUAAAACUUGGAUGAAACAACUAAAAGAAGAAGCAGAGCGUGUAGAGGAUAUCAUCGACGAAUACCGGCAUCAUGUCGCACAAGGCACUACUCACAAGCGUGGAUUCAUUGCUUUCUUCUUCAGAAUAGGCCACCAAAUCAAAGCUUUGAAGUCUCGUUAUCCUGUAGCUUCUCAUAUUCACAGCAUUAAGGAAUCUCUACGUACAAUCAAAGAUAUAGGUCAAGGAUAUGGGUUGAGUCAAUCCCUGGCAUUGCAAGGUUCAAGCAGUGAUACCUCCAUACAAGUUCAUCAUGACCCCCGAUUGGUUUCUAAUUUUAUUGAAGAAGAUGAGUACGUGGAUGUUCCAAUCAUUCAGGAGGAAUUAAACACAAGUUUGACUACUCAAGGGGUGUCUACGCGUAUGGUAAUUUCAAUUGUUGGCCAAGGUGGAGUUGGUAAAACGACUCUUGUCAAGAAAUUAUAUGAUGAAGUGAAACAAUGUUUUGAUUGUCAUGUUUGGAUAACUGUGUCUCAGUUGUACGAUAUGGAGAAGAUACUAAAGAUCAUGGUGAAACAGAUGUGCCCUAUAGCUGAUUCUACUACUGAGAGAGAACGUGAUUUGAUUCAGCUCAUUACUCUUCUCAGGCAAAGUUUGCUGACAAAAAGGUACGUGGUCGUUUUUGAUGAUGUUUGGGAUAGAGAUUUUUGGGAAAUUAUGAAACAUGCUUUUCCUAGUAAUAACAACUUAGCUGGUAGAAUAAUUAUCACAACACGUAAUGUUGCAAUAGCUUCUGAUUGUAAUGAAACGCCGUAUGAUCUUAUUCAAGAGAUACAAACGUGGUCUCAAGAUAUGUCAUGGGAGUUAUUUUGCAAAAAGACUUUUCAGUACGACCAGUUUGGGAGUCAUUGUCCAGAUGAGUUGAGGGAAUUAUCACAUGCAAUUGUUAGCAAAUGUCAAGGCUUACCGCUUACCAUUGGGGCAAUAGCUGGUAUUUUAUCAAGAAAAAUGAAGGUUAGAUAUGAAUGGGAAAGAGUUCUUAAUGAUCUAAAUUCUGAGUUCAAGAUAGAUAAUAAUCACGAGCACACAAGAAUUUCAAAGAUUUUGUAUCUUAGUUAUAGCGAUUUGCCUGACCACCUAAAAUCGUGCUUCUUAUAUUUUUCCAUUUUUCCUCAAGAUUGUUCGAUUCGUUUUGAAAGACUAUGUUGGUUAUGGAUUGCUGAAGGAUUUGUAAGAUCGUGGGAAAAUAAGACACUGGAGGAAGUAGCUGAAGAGUACUUAAAUGAGCUCAUCAAAAGAAACUUGGUUUUGUAUGAAGAGCUUAAUGGGCUAGAUAGACUUUGCAAAGUUCAUGACUUGAUGCAUGAGUUCAUCCAGUCAAGGGCAAAUGAUUUGUGCUUUAAUCAAUUUAUAGACCAUGAAAAGAAGUCAAUGAAUGGAGGAACAACACGACGCUUAUCAAUCUAUGGCAGCAUGAAUCAUGUUAUGAAAGCUAUCAAACAGUCGACAAUUCAAGAGCUACCAAUUGAGAUCAAUAAGCUUUGUAAUCUUCGACACAUUUUUGCUAGGUUCAUAGACCAGACAAAGAUUAGUGAUGUUUUUGGUGCUGUCCAUGGAGUAAAGAUGCAACAAGGUUUUGGAUGUUUAGAGAAUCUAGAGACACUACGGCACAUGAAAUUGCACCCUAGUGAUGAUAUUGCUAAUGUCACUAAAGAGAUAGAGAAACUAAGAAAGUUGAAGUCUUUGGGUGUAACAAACUUGACCACGCCAACUGCGAGGGCUAUUUGCGAAUCGACAUUACUGAAGUUGAACCAGCUUGAACAUUUGGAUCUAACAACAGCUAUUGAACAUGAUGAAUUAGUCCUAGACAUAGGAUUACAUUCAUCUUCAGCGCUACCAUUUCCUUUGUUGUCUAAACUUCGCUUAGUCGGCGGCCUAAGGAAGUUCCCUCCAUGGAUUUCGAAGCUUUGGAAUUUAGAGACUUUGUAUUUAGGUUUCUCAAAGUUGGAUGAUGAUCCACUUGAAUACCUGAAAGAGUUACCAAAUCUUACAACUCUUCGACUAAACCAGGCAUACAAUGGACAACAACUACACUUUGAAGAUGGUUUUUUUCGUAAGCUUAAGGAGCUUUGGUUGAGUGACUUGAAAAGGCUGAAGGUGGUGAAGAUAGACAAGGGAACAUUGCCCCUUCUUAAGAUACUUGACCUUGUUUCUUGUCCACUGCUUGAGGAGGUUCCUUCUGGUGUCCAGCACCUAAAAAACCUCAAACACUUUACAAUCUCGGCCAUGCCAGGGGAAUUUGUGGCUGGAAUAAUGCAACAAAAUGGAGGCAUUGAUUAUCCAAAAAUUCACCAUGUACCAACAGUCCGUAUUUAA